AAUGACAUCAGUAAAUCAAAUAGGACUUGCGGAAGAAGAUUUACGAAAAAUCAUCGAAGAGCAUCUCACGUUCGCAGGAAUAAAGAGUGAAAAGUCGUUCGAUGUGGUAUAUGUGACACUAGAACCAUUCAGUGCAUGUCCAGAUGGAUUUUUGGCCGAUCAUUACUCGCUCAAAGUGAAGUUCCAAACGUCUGGAGAUCCAACAGAAGAGUUGAAUUUUUUCGUCAAGUGCUUACCCAUCAACAAUCCUCAGUUAGCACUAUACCUCGACGAAAUUGGAAGCUUCCGAAAAGAAACCAGUGUACUACAGGACAUCCUUAGACCGCUUCAAGAGUACUGUCCAUGGCGAAAAAUAGCACCAAGAGUUCAUUUCGCCCGUGCCAACAAAUUGCUUGUUAUGCAAAAUCUGAAAAACGAUGGAUACGGGGUGAUAAAAGGCGAAAGUGGGCUUUUAGAUAAUUGUUCCUUGCGGGAAGCACUACAGACGCUAGCUUGCUUACAUGCAAGUUCGAUAGUUCUCGAAGAAAAACGCGGAAAAUCGCUUGUUGAGUUAUUUCCCACUAUUCUAAAAGAAAAUGCAUGGAUUAACAGCACGACAAGCACGCGAACUAAAGACGUUGAUAACGUUAUUAAACUAUAUAUAAACCUAGUUAAGCUGGAGAAACGAUGGCCGGCAGAGCGGAAAGAAGCGAUCAUAACCCAAUUACCGACCCUAAUCCGAACCAUCUAUCAGUACGUUGUACCAUGCAAACGGUUCAGAAACUGCCUAAACCACGGGGACCUUUGGUGCAACAACUUAAUGUUCAAGACUAAUGCCCAAGGAGAUUCCACCGACUGCGUUCUAGUGGACUUUCAGAUGUCUCGUUACGUGCCAAUUGGAUAUGAUAUAAAUUUGCUUCUUUAUCUAACAACAAGCGCAGUUUUUCGCAAAAACCACGAAAAAACGUUGCUAGCUUUUUAUUACAGUUGUUUUGCUAAGGUAUUGGAACUGAAUAGUGUCGAUGUUCAUAAAAUUUAUUCUCUGAGCGAUUUCCUCGAAUGCUGCCAGCAUUACAAACUAGCCGGACUCAUACAUUCUGUUAUGAUCAGCGGAGAAGUAACACUACCGCAAGAAUUCUUGGAGCAGGUUUUCAAACAUUCAGAACUAACUGCCGGUUUUAUGCCGGAACCAAAAAUAUCGAUUUGUGUUAAAGCUUUUCAGGCUGAUCAAACAUAUAAAGCUCAUCUGCUGGAACUAAUGGAAGAGCUAUUUACGCACAUCAAAUGAGAAUAAAACUGUCGCGCCACUU